AUGGCAUCAUGUUCCACUCUUAAACAGAGUCCAUUGCCUAUGAAAGAAACACCCUUAAACUAUCAUCCAUAUCCACCUCCUCUGGCUAGAUAUGAGGAUGUUGUAGCUUGUCCAAGACUCUUCAUGGAUACUUUGGAGAAGCUCUAUGCUACAAUGAGAACCAAGUUCAUCAUGUCUUCUCUAUCUUCCCUUAUCAAGUUGUUUGAGUUUGGGGCAGUAGGGGUGGGAGUAGAGGAGGUGUUGCCUACUGGAGAAGGGACACUUCCUUGCUCUGAUUGUUCUAAGCUUU